AUGGGGCGGGGACCGGGGCAGGGACCGCGACGGGAACAGGGAGCAGUGCGAGGACAGGGAAAGAGACUGGGACAGGGACAAAAGCCGGGAAAGGGGCAGAGACAGGGACAAAGACCGGGACAGAGUCAGAGAUCGGGACAGGGACAAAAGCCGGGAAAGGGACAGGGCCCGGGCUCGGCCACCCCACACCGCAGCAGGAAGCAGAAGAAGGUGGACAACAUGAAGCCCAAGCACCCCGAUGAGCAGGAGAUCCCCUUCCGUCUACGGGAGCUCAUGAAGAGCCGUGAGGCCAUGAAGCGCCCUGAUCCCGGGAAGAAGCAGGCGGCAGAGAAGAAGCAGCAGCCCAAGUCAAAGGGCCCCAAGACCCCUGGAGACAUCCCCGUGCCCAAGUUCAGGAGGGGAAAAGGGGAAUCGGAGCGCUCCUUCAUCUGCCGCAUGGAGCAGGAGGUGCAGCGCGUCAUGUUCGUCACAAAGAACCAGCUGCAGCAGGAGCCUGAGAAGGAGGGGAUGGCACCAGAGAAGUCAAAGAGAAAGAAAGAGUUUCAGAAUAAGAAGCUGGAAAAAGCUCGGAAGAAGAAGGAGGAGAAGAAGGAGGCCAUGCUGGAGAAGACCCUGUUCCAAGACAGAGUGGCAUUCGGUGAGGUGGUUACGCAGCCGCCCACCAUCACCUCGCGGCCCAGAGGUCAGGGCCCUGCAGAGCAGGCUGGACGGAAGCAGCUUCUCCUGACGUCUCGCCUGGGCCAGAGCCCAGUGUCCUCAGCGGUGCCGGUGUCGAUGGCUCGCCGGCGCAUCGUGGAGGAGGAGAGAGCGCGCGUCAUCCAGGCCUACAGAGACAUCCAGAGGCGCAAGCAGCAGCAGCGAGAGGCAGCGCAGGGCCGCGCCCAGGCUGGACGCAAGGUUCCCUGCUGAACGCAGCCUGGAGGAACUGGGCCUCACUGGUCCCAGCAAGGAUGCGAUGGCAGCGUGCAGACAACACGGGACCCCAGGGCAUGAGGGGGAUGGCUGUCCCAGUGUUGCUCUCCUGUUUCUGAGCGCCAGGGCUCCCCGCAGCCCCGUGCCUUGGCUCAGGGCACCCCGUGGGCUCGGUGCUGGAGCUGGGACCAUUGUGGUGCCAUGGACUUGCUGGUAGUAAAACUCCCAUUGAGUGGUGAUGGCGUGAGCACGUCUGUGCCUCCCAAUCUGUGCAGUGCCCGUGACGGACCCUGCUGGGCUGGCUGGUGUGCCGGCAGAUGGCAGUCCCAGCCCGCGACAGGCUUGUCCUUGUUGUCACUCGCUGUGGGCUGGCCCUGGGUGGGCUCUGGCUGAAGCAGCACCCUCGUUUCUCAGCCUUGGGGGAGACCCCAGUAGCUUGCUGUGAUCCCUCCGUCUCCCAUCCCAGCUCCUGGGUGGAGGAAAGUGAGGCGAGUGCUGGGGAUGUGGAGAUCUGUUGUCAUGG